GGGUGGGUAUUUUGUUUUAUUUAUGGCAAGGUGUAAAUUCACAAACUGUCAUAAUAUAUCUCAAUUCACCCGGUUUAUUUAAUGGGUUUAAAAGCAGAAAUAUUAGAAACAAGACUGUGAAACGUUACAAUACCGGUAUGGCGGUUUAAGUUACGUCACCGGAAGUGCGCCCUGGGCUGCUUCUUGAGUUGUUCUCAAAAUGGCUGCGCCCGAUGAAAACACGCUUCUUCAGGAAAAUGAAGAAGUUGAUGAGAUGGAAGCGGGUGACAGUGAUGAAGAUGAGAUGGAAGAAGAAGAAGGACAGGGGGAAGAAGGAGGGGAGAGUAAAGUGUAUGUGCCUGGCGUUCAGCCGCUUCAGCCGGGAGAAGAGCUAGAGAUGGACCGCUCGGCUUACCGCAUGUAUCACGAGUGCCAGACAGGUGCCCCUUGUUUGAGUUUUGAUGUAUUACGUGAUGCUGAGGGAGAAGGAAGAGAAACGUUUCCCCUGUCCAUGCUGCUGUGUGCAGGUACCCAAGCAGACACAGCUCUCAGUAACAGACUCAUUGUCAUGCGCAUACACAACCUGUAUGGCAUUGAAAAAGCAAACGAGGAGGAGGAAGCGAGCAGUGAUGAGAGUGAUGACGAUGAGGAUGAUGAGAAGAAGCCACAGAUGGAGUUGGCCAUGGUGCCCCAUUAUGGAGGAAUAAAUAGAGUCAGAGUGACCCAGAAUGGUGAGCAGUCAUUGGCUGCUGUCUGGUGUGAGAAAGGUCAGGUGGAAAUUUUUGAUCUUCGGCCACAACUGGAAGCAGUUCACAGCUCUGCUGCCAUGGCAGCGUUUAUUAAACAGAAUAAGGAGGCCACACCUUUGUUCAGUUUCUCAGGUCACAUGACAGAAGGCUUUGCCAUCGACUGGUCUCCAAAAGUACCAGGCCGGCUUGUGAGUGGAGACUGCAAGAAGAACAUUCACGUGUGGGAGCCACGAGAGGGUGGAACUUCCUGGCAGAUUGACCAGCGGCCUUUUAGCUCUCAUACCAAGUCUGUGGAGGACCUCCAGUGGUCACCUACUGAAGCAACAGUUUUCGCCUCCUGCUCAGUGGAUCAGUCCAUUCGCAUUUGGGAUAUCAGAGCUCCUCCAAAAUCGAUGCUUUCCGCCAAUGAGGCUCAUUCGUCAGACGUCAACGUCAUCAGUUGGAAUCGGACUGAACCAUUCCUGUUAUCUGGAGGGGAUGAUGGGCUUCUGAAGGUGUGGGACUUGAGGCAGUUCCAGUCUGGGCGUCCAGUGGCCAGCUUCAAGCAGCACAGUGCCCCUAUCGCAUCAGUGGAAUGGAGCCCCAUCGACUCCAGCGUGUUUGCCGCCUCUGGAGCAGACGAUGUCAUCAGCCAAUGGGAUCUGUCGGUGGAGUCAUGUGACAUGGGUGAACAGGCUGACAGCUUAAAGAAGCUCCCACCACAGCUGCUGUUCUUGCACCAGGGCCAGACAGAGGUCAAGGAGCUCCACUGGCACCCACAGAUCCAAGGAACUCUCAUCUCCACAGCACUGUCAGGAUUCAACAUUUUCAGGACUAUUUCAGUGUAAAAGGGAAAGAAGUGCAUGUGUGCUUUUGUGCCUUAUGACCAUAGUAGAAAUAUGUUAAGUACCAUCAUCAUGUCAGUGAUCAACAUUUUUCUUUUUGACUGAUCUCUACACUUGUUUCUAGAUCAUCUCGACUGGUUUUAAAAUGUAGGCAAUUAAAAAGGUCUUGAUACACUUCAUAUAAAUCUACACUGAAACUGAUGAGCUCAGCUGGUGCUGAAGGUGACAGGCAGCCAGUGCAAACACAGCUGUGUGUCCUAGUUUUGAAGAUCACUCAUGCUACACUGUUCAUCAACAUGUUGGAAAAUGUCAUUACCCUUUUUUAUGCCAUGAGUGAAUGCUAUUAACUCAAGUCAAAUUUUGUACACAUUUUUCUAGUCUUCUAUGUGUGCUUAGAAUCAGUCCAAGUCCAAGAGAGCAAAAUUACCCAUUACUUUUUCCUGCCAGCCUGACUGACAGUAACCAAAUCUGUGAGCUCAUGUAUGUGAAAGAGGGUAGUUAGUGCUUUCCUCCAAGUGUGUUCACCCUCUAAUGUAACAUGAGCAGCAUUUUGAAAAGGUGGCUGGCUUCAUGUUUCUCUAAAAACGCCAUGCUAGCCUUGACCCUCCUUGGUUGGCAGUGACUUGUGUAUGGAUCUCUUAAAGACAUUACUUUAUCCUUGAUUCUGAACUUGGGUUAAGAACAACUGAAAUUAAAUGUCUUUUCUGUCAUAAUAUUUUCACAAGGCCUCAUUUUCAUGGACACAAAUAAAGACUGCUACAAAAGCUGCUUGCAUUUAAUUGAGUGGUAAGGAUUUUGAAGAUGUGGAGUUAGAGAAGCUCCUCAGUCCAUGGUAGAAGUGGUUUACUUCAGUAACCGCAUGAAGGAAGUUGGUUUUAAGUAGUUUGAACACCAGAAAAACUGGUGGCUCUGUUAUACACUGUAUGGCCAAAAAUAUGUGGACACAUGACCAACACAAAUGCAUGUGGUUCUUCCCCAAACUGUUGCUGCAAAGUUGAGAGCAUGUAAUUGUCUAGAUGUCUUUGCAAUUUCCCUUCAUUGUGACUAAGAGACUCAAACAUAGCCCAGCAAGACAAUGCCCCUGUGCACAAAGCGAGGUCCAUGAAGACAUGGUUUGCUAAGGUUAGAGUGGAAGAACUUGCGUGCCCUGCACAGAACCCUGACCCCAACCCCAUUGAACACCUUUUGGAUUAACUGGAAUGUUGACUGUGCAUCAGGAUUCCAUGCCCAACAUCAGUGCCUGACCUCAUUAAUGCUCUUGUGGCUGAAUGAGCAGAAAUUCCCACAGCAAUGUUCCAUAAUGUAGUGGAAAGCCUUCUCAAAAGAAUGGAGGCUGUUCUAGCAACAAGGAUGGGCCAACUUUGGAAUUAAAUGGUCAACAAGCAUAUACGGGUAUGAUGGUCCGGUGUCUACGUACUGCUAGCCAUAUAGUGUACUUUGGGAGGCAUUUUGCUGAUGUGGUUUGGGUACACAUGUUCUCUUAAGAGGAAAAUCAAUACAAAGUUCUGAUCUUUAUCUUAGAUUAAAGAUUUUUAUUCUGAUGGGCGUGGUCUCUUCCAGGAUGAUAAUGCCCCCCAUUCAAUGGGCACGAGAGCUCACCGAAUGGUUUGAUGAGAAUCAAACGAUCACCAGAUCUCAAUCCAGUUGAACAUCUACGGGAGAUUUUGGACGGACAUGUUAGACAGCUCUCUCAAUCUCCAUCAGCAAAACACCAGCUGAGGGAAUAUUUUUUGGAAGAAUGAUGUUCAUUCCUCCAGUAGUUUCAGAGACUAGAAUUUAUGCCAAGGUGCAUUGAAGCUGUUCUGGCAGCUCAUAGUGACCCAAUAUCUUACUGAGAUACUUUAUGUUGAUUUUUCCUUUAAUUUGUCAGCUAUCUGUAGCAGAAGCAGAUGGUUUUUUUAAAGUCCCUAAUGUUAUGAUAACCAGAUGGUGCAGGCAGUAUGAUGGAAAAAUUAGGGAAACUGUACAACUUGGCUAUAAAACCUAAAGUAAAGGAUGUGACAGGUUAUGACAUUAAAUACAUUAAGAUUUUUUCGUUGUCUGUUAAGAGUAUUAGACACCCUCACUGUCAUUUAUUUUAAAUAGCUGCAGUUUGUCAUUUUCUCUGUGUGAGACGUAGGCUUCAAAAGGAUAAAGAAAGAUGUUCACUUUUGCUUGUUUUAUUACUUUACCACUGUGUUUGAUGUUACUGAGUGCGGUUUGGGUGAAUUCACACUUGGAUUAUUAGCAUAACUGAGAAAUGAAGAAAAAUCUAAAGAAAAGGCAGUAAUAGGAAAUAAAGACAUACAUUUAUUAUUGCAGAUUUCAAUACCAAUAGCAUCACAUAUAGGAAGUGCAGUGUUCCAUGGUGUACACAUAAAUGCAGGUUCUUCAAGAGCUUACAGGCAGAACUGGUCUGACAAAUACAGGAUGACCCACAAGUCUCCAUACAAAAGUGGAAAUUAACACUUAAUAUCUUCCAAAAAAAUUC